GUCUCUCCCAGCAAAUAUCAGCGCCGAUGAUCUGCAGCUGUGUGUGUGGGGCGUCCCGGCCCUGCCCCCAGCACUGGAUGGCCUGACUAGUCACUAGAAAAGAGAGAGAGAGAGAGAGAGAGAGAGAGACUAUCAGUAGAGAAGAUAAUGCACAGAAAUGGGGCACAUUGGAUGUUGGUGUGGGCGUGGCUAUGGAUCCCUCACGUCACAGCCACACCUCUCACAGGUUCCUUUCAGCGACGCCUGCACUUACUGCAGCCACGCCACGGCCCAGGAGUGAGUGUGGCUUACCAGGAACAUCGCGCCACGCCCGUCACUCUUACCAGCCUAGGCGCCCACGCCCCUCGCGGCCACGCCAGAAACCCCCUCGUUCGUGAUCACUUUCUCAUUAAGUGGAGAAAGAUUGCUGAGAACCAUUCCCUCCACCCGGUGAACUUCACGGCUUUCAAGGUCAUAAGGGAAAAGGAGGCGAAGACUUUCCAUGUGCACGUGUCCGUCACCAACAACUCACUGCAGAUAUUCCGCGACCACAUCCAGGUGUAUCACAAAGACGGCUCUCCCACGUCACUCAACUACCUUCCCCACGCCGGAGUCCACGUCGUAGUGAUGCACCCACAGCGAGGAGACGUGAUGCUCGCCCGCCAGUUCCUGACACAUCAGCCCUCGGAGCACAGAAACCUUGCCUCGUGCCUCGCCUCCCUCUCCCCUGGCAGGAUAGUGGUGGUAGUGGCUGUACCAGAAGCAGUGGUGUUCCUCGGGCAGGACGCUAUCAGGGAGCUUGAGGUGAUCGGGGCGUCAAGAAUCAGGCACCUGGCGUAUGACGAGGCGUGGGCGUUGAUUUCCCACACGCCCUUUCGCUCACUCUCCGACAUCGAACAUCUCACCAACACUACCACCGCCAACAAUAACAACAACAGUGAACAAAAGGAACAAGAAAUAUUUCGACACAGUCCGUCCAAACAUUACAAAGGGUCACACGUGGGCGAGGCUGCGUCCAUCAUCAGAAGGCCGGGAAAGAAGGCCGGUCCACUCAUUCUACUGGCUCGUGUUCCCAAGACCCCAAGUGUGUGGUGCAGCUGGCACGAGGACACAGCCAUGGAGGAACAGAGGAGGUUCUGUGACACUUACGAAGGUUACGCGAGGCUGUGUACCUGCAACGACCCCGUCACCAGAGAGAUGAGAUACUCCGCGCCACGCAUUGAGAUGAAGGAGUCGAUACCAGUGGCCAUGCUGACUGCCGUGAAACCUUUCCAUUUCUACAGACAGCUACUGAAUCUGCUGGAGACCCCCGGAGCAGCACAGACGCCAAUUCUGGUGAUGGUGGACGGCCCGCGUGAGGAAACAGUGAGACUCACAGAACUCUUUGGGUUGGACGUGCUGGUUCACAGUCCCCAGGGCGCGGCGGGAUCCACAACCCUUCUCAACAUGCACUUCAGGUUUUCCGUGCACAAUGUCUUCAACUUCUUCCCUGAUGUGGACAAGGCCAUCAUCUUGGAGGACGACCUGAUCCUCUCCCCAGACUUUAUCUCGUUCUUCCAUCAGACAGCGUGGCUCCUGGACGCUGAUCCGACCAUUUUCUGCGUGAACGCAUUCUCAGUGAACAGCUACCCGACGGUGGCCGGCGAUCCCCACGUGCUGCGGCGCCUCGAGAUGUUCCCGCAGUUCGGCUGGAUGAUCAACAGACGUUGGGCCAGAGAGCAGUUUGCCUACUGGAUCCCCGAGGAGCAAGGCGGGGACUGGGACUGGUGGCUGUCAUCUCAGAACUCGCUGCAGGGGCGUCAUGCGCUGGUGCCAGAGGUGGGACGGACGUUCCACUCGGGGGCGGCUGGAGCACAUGUGACGGGGUGGUUCCAGGAGCACCUCUUCACACCCAUGAUAUACAACCUGGAUCCAGACGUCAAACUUCUGGGACUGGAGGAUCUGGUGUUGGACCGCUACAAGGCCAAGAUGGAGCGAGACAUCCUCAACGCCACGGACCUUGUGCUGGGGGAAGACUUCUGCGCCACCUCAGACUCCAUCCUCCCGACCCACCAGCCUGGCAACUUUCGCAUGUUUGUACGGUCCAUGAGCAAGAGUGACGAGUAUAUGUCUUUCUACAUGAUGCAUCUGUGUUUGCACGCCUUCACGGAGGACACCCGGGAGAAGUUUGAGGGCGUGGUGCGAUUCAACCUGCAGGGACGACUGCUGUUCAUCAUCGGAUGCCCCAUGUCUCCCUACUGUCGACUUUUUCCUAAGGGACAGAAUAUAGUCAAUCCCAGCCCCGGCAUAGUGAAGCUGGCCGAGGAUCGGUCCUUCCGCUGGCAAACGAAAAACUACCCUGCUUCCUUCCCGAUAAGAGCGCUGAUGCCACGCAACCCACUCCGUGAAUUCCUUAUGCAAAAUAUUGCUUACAAUUAUUUCAACGGCACCGUACAACAGUACGACGAAACCUGAGAUGUGAGGCUCGUCGCUAGAAUUUCUUGUAGAGUGAAAACGUUUCAGAAGCUGUAAUAUCUCUUCUUUUCUGUAUUAAUGAUACUAGAAAUUUUCAAUAAGAUGAAAGUAUAAAGAAAAACAAUAAAUAGGACAGAAA